GGUUGAGAAAAGGUAAACAAACAGUACGGAUUACAGAAGGAGUUAUCUCGUCUGGCUGGCCGUUGAGUCAAACGUUUUGUAGUGCUCAGUAAAUUAUCUACCACAGUGAUGACCUCAGUGGCUUAUAACAGGGCCAUGGCUAAAAGGAAAUUGGGAGGACUUACUGACGACAGGAAAGAUUCUAAAAAAAAGUCUCGUCUGUGCCCAUAUCUGGACACCAUUAAUCGUCACAUGCUUGACUUCGACUUUGAGAAACUUUGCAGUGUGUCACUCUCCAGGAUAAAUGUGUACGCCUGCCUCGUGUGUGGCAAAUACUUCCAGGGACGUGGCCCCAACACCCAUGCAUACACCCACAGUGUUUCUGAUGGUCACCAUGUGUACCUCAACUUACAAACACUGAGAUUCUACUGUCUUCCUGACAACUAUGAGAUCAUUGAUUCGUCCUUGAAUGACAUAAUCUUUGUGGUGAACCCAACCUUCUCACGAGAUUAUAUUGCCAACAAGGUCACGCAGAGCAAGAUGAGUCGGGCAUAUGAUGGUACUCUGUAUCUGCCGGGCAUUGUUGGUCUCAACAACAUCAAGGCUAAUGACUACUGCAACGUUGUUCUGCAGGCUUUGUCAAACAUUACUCCUUUACGUAACUACUUCCUGGACCCCAACAACUACAGCCACAUUCACCAUGCACCGGGCACCCAAGGCCUAGCAAUGUUCCCACUCAUUAACAGAUUUGGGGAACUGGUGCGCAAGUUGUGGAAUCCAAGAAACUUCAAGGCUCAUGUUUCACCUCAUGAAAUGCUCCAGGCAGUGGUAUCAUGCAGUAAGAAGAAGUUCCAGUUUACGGUUCAAGGUGAUGCCAUCCAAAUUCUGUCUUGGAUACUAAACUCAAUGCAUCUUGGCUUAAAGACUCCCAACCGAAAAAAUACCAUCAUCAAUCGGUGCUUCCGUGGAACAAUGAAUAUCUAUUCUCAAAAGAUCCUGCCUGUGGAAAUAGAUGAGAAAGAACGUAAUCGACUCUUGCAAUCAGAAGAGUAUCAGGUCAAGAUGGAGGAGAGCCCCUUCCUUUAUCUAACCUGUGACCUACCACAGCCUCCUCUCUUCAAGGAUGAGAAAAAAGAAAACAUCAUCCCUCAGGUGAGCUUGUAUGUAUUGCUUAGCAAGUUUGAUGGGAAGACUGGGAAGGAGUACCAGACCUACAAAGAAAGUAUUCUCAAGAGGUUCCAGUUGACAGGACUUCCUCCUUACCUCAUCCUGUACCACAAAAGAUUCACAAAGAACACAUUCUACAUUGAGAAAAACCCAACGAUCGUCAACUUCCCAGUGAAGAAUAUUGACUUGUCGGAGUACUUAACUGAAGAGGUGAAGCAGAAACAUCCUGAGCCCAUUUAUGACCUGGUGGCCAACAUUGUACACGAUGGAGAGCCUGAAGCCGGUACAUAUCGGUGUCACAUUCUUCAUAAGGGAACAGGAAAAUGGUAUGAACUACAGGACCUGCAUGUUAAAGAGAUUGAACCUCAGAUGUUAACCCUCACUGAGUCAUACAUUCAGAUAUAUGAAAUGCAAAAUUGUGUGGUCAGGUCACACGACAAUAAGAAGAGCUCUUGAGAAGCCACCGGAUAAGGUUUACACUCAGAUUUAUCAAAAUAUUAUUGUAAUUUUGAAAAUCAUUAUCUUUUCACAGAAUUGUUCUUGUUUUUUUUAUCUUCAUGUGCAAGGGGAAGUCCAGAAGUACACUAAUAUUUCAAUUUGUAGUAAACUUUGUAACAAAAUUAAAAAGAAAACAUUUAA